CUGUAGUACAAGUUAAAAUGUCUAAUACUUGUGAUAAAACCGAAUACCAUUUAAAAUGCAAAGAUUGUAAUAGAUUAUUUAAAUCUGAUAAGGAGCUACAGACUCAUGUUAAACUUAUCCAUGAUGUUCAGUGCGAAUUGUGUGAUAAAUCGUUUAGAUCUGUUGAGGAAAUGGAGUCUCACCAUAGAAUCGAACAUUUGGCAAUGAAAUGUCCAUAUUGCGAUAAACUCUACAAAUCAGAUGAGCAAAUGCGGCAACAUAUUAGAUACAAACAUCAUUUCCCAUGUGAAUUGUGUAACAAAUCUUUUUCAUCCUAUGAGAAACUAAAUAAUCAUGACAUAUACGUACAUUUAACAAUUGAAUGUCCAAGUUGUAAUAAUUUAUUCUUCAGAAGCGAUGAGGAUCUACUUAACCAUAUUAAACUGGACCAUCUCAAUUUACGUUGCCUUGGUUGUGGUAAAUGGUUUCAUUCCGAAGAGCUCAGAAAUGUUCACCUUAGACAGAAGCAUCGAAAGUCCAUGGCAUUUUCGAAGUAAGGUGUAUAUAUGUUGAAUAUUUCUAUUUCCUUAUACGAUACAUUGCAAAUAAAAAAUAAGGAGCUGAAGGAAGACAUAAAUAAUUUAAAAAUGUUAUAAAGAUUUUUAAAAAGUGCAAAAAGAUAAAAUAACUACUAUGUUUAUAGUCCAGGAAAAUAAGUUUUUUUCGGGACACUGGCCCAAUCACGUUGCAAAUGGGUUUUUUGGAUAUCAUAUACCUAACACAUUAGAAAUACAAAAAUACCCAUUACAAAUAAGGAUCAAAAAGGGCAGUUUUUCACCUCUACAGGUAAAACUAGUGUAAUUUAAUAUAUUAUUUAAAAUACUUGUAGAGUACUUGUAGAGUACUGAUCUUUUAGUAGAUGGGCAAAGGUUUAAAAUGUCAGUUUUUGAAAUUUUGUCGGAUCAUUUAUUGUUUCGGAAAUUGCAAAAUAAAGCUAAAAUUUUGAAAAUCACAAAUUUGUUAUAACUCUUGCAAAAAUUAACCUAGGGUUUUAAUAUUGCAUGAAAAGUUAAGUCAAGUAGUCCUUAUAAUGCAUAAACAAUUUCAAGACAGUUUGUCAAUUAGUUUUCAGUCAGUGAUUCUGCGGGAUUCACAUGAAAGUAAAGGACUUAUGUUUUAAUAUAUUUAAAAAAAUCAAUGUCAUUUCUAUCAUUGCAAAAACAUUUUACUAAAGUCAUUUUUGGCUUAUAAAUAAUUUGAAUAACUUUGUUAAUAU